GUUAUUAUUAUACCUACACCCGCUAUAUUCUGGCCGCCCAACGUUUUUGGGUCUGGAACGUUCGAUCGCGCGUUCACCAAGAGUACCUACCGGCCGUGACUUGUCUAGAAAAUGCCUCCAAAAAGUCGGCGUCGUGGUGGUAGACUCUCGUUGGGUUCACACGGGAGCACCGAGUCAGUCAACGAGAACAUCACAAUGAACCAGGAAGCCCUUACGACGAUGUUGAUCACCUUGCAACAAUCUCAGAACGAGUUUUGUCAGCAACUGCUUCGCGAGGUGAGGUCUUCAACUCCGUCACAGGCCGACGCCACGGCUGCUGCCAUCGCUGCGGCUGCUACGUUCGCUUCAGUUAAUGGUAACUUUGCUCAAUGUACGGCUCGUUACAGCGGCAGCAAAGAAGAGCAUCUAGAAAGUUUCAUUGAUAACAUGGAAAGUUACAAGUCAUGCAUGCAUAUUACGGACGAAAAUGCUGUACGCGGUCUGUCGCUGCUACUCACUAAGGAUGCAGGAGUUUGGUGGCAAGGUGUAAAAUCACAAGUAAGGACGUGGGAAGAUGCGCUCGACAAGCUGCGAAGUGCUUUCGGCGAGCGCCGCCCUCCUUUUGUAAUAUACACAGAGCUUUUCUCUUUGGUUCAAGGUGAACAAAAUACGGAGAUAUUUGUUUCAAAAGCCAGAGCAUUGUUAGCUAAGUUGCCACCAGAAGACUUAAGCGAGCGAGUCCAAAUAGAUAUGGUAUUCGGGCUCUUAGACCGCCGCAUACGUAAAAGGUUAAAAAGAGAAAACAUAGAUACGUUUGAUACAUUAUUGAAACAUUGUCAAAGUAUUGAAGAUUCACGCAAAGAGAAUCAUGUACCCGUUGCGGCAAAGAAGUCGAGCGAUCGUCAAAGUACUACGGCAGCGAGCGUUUCGCCGAAUCGCGCAAGGUCGCGCGCCAGCGAUGCGAGCGGCGUUGCUACGCAACGCGCCGCCGAUGAAGUCAACGCUUCAACGUCGCGUGCGUCGUCGCCGCGUUCUUCCGAUCAAGCUGACGUCAAACCUCGUCGUUUAUAUUGCGUUUACUGUCGUCGCGGCGGGCACAGUAAAGACAAUUGUGAAAGGUUAGAGAAAAGUGAUAAGUGCGUAGAAAAUAAAGUCGUUGAGGAAGUUAAUCAAGUUAAGUGUUACGGUUGCGGUGCCCCUAAUGUUAUUCGGUCUAAGUGUCCUAAUUGUAACUCUAAAUCGGGGCUGUCGUUUUAUUCGCUCGACGUAGUAUCCUGUCACGUCGACGACGCCGCUAACCCGCGCCAGGGCGGGUCGAGCGGACACGACUCGUCGCAACAUGCAUCACCUACGCCGCCCUACGCCACGAAGGUGCGUGUACGGCACGGCGAAACUCCCGCCAUACGGCUCAGCGAAGGUCCUGCGCGCGCUCACGAGUGUUCGCGAGAGAGCGAUACUUACGCCGCCGGCGACGGUAUAGCGGCGCGCGGAGCGGGCGAUGCGACCGUGCCAGGGACAACUGCCGCCGCGCCGCCCGCUAACCCUUCGCCUGCGCACUGUGGAGGAGGUAACCCUACGCAUGCCGUGGGUGAUUUUAGUUACGUACAGGCUUUAUUUUGUAAUGAUGAAAAUCAAAGUUUGUUUUGUAAUGACGAUAGUCAAAGUCUGUCUUGUAAUAAUGUUAGUCAAACUUUAUUUUGUAAUAAAAAUCAAGUUUGUGGUGAUAAAAUUGAUGUUUGUCAGGUCAAUGUCAAGGCUUCUCCCCGCCCUAUUAUGAUUUUAAAUAUUCUUGGGGCGCGCGGCUCUGCGCUUGUUGAUCCUGCGGCUAAGGCUAGUGUUGCCGGUCACACGUUAUACGCUUUCCUGCGAAGUAAAGGACACCCGUUAGUGUCGUCAACAAUGAGUGUUAGGUUGGCAGACGGUGUUAGUAGGAAUAUGACUGUACUCACCGCGGAGGUGGAGGUGACACUGGAACACAAGACAAGAAAAACUAGUUUUGUGAUUUUUCCUGAUGCCGUUAGUAACGAGUCUCUCCUAGGAAUAGAUUUCCUUAAGGAUUUCGGUUUAAUCAUUGAUUUUCGCGACGAUCUCUGGUAUUUCGCUGAGAAUAGUAAACAAAAGUAUGGGUUACAGUUUGAAAACGUGUCACCUCCAGCUCUGUGUGUUGCUGCUUUAGAGGUGCUUCGGGAGAAUGAAGCCACUUUGCUCAACGCGCAACAACACGAGUUGCUUGCCCAGUUGCUCCCUGGAAACAAGGACCUGUUUGAGCCAGGGGGAGGGCCAACUCCUUUUGCUAAGCACAGGAUCGACACGGGCGACCAUGCGCCUAUCGCGGCGCCGCCUUACCGUGUCACGCCUGCGAAGGAGGUGAUGCAAGCGGAAAUAGAGAAGAUGCUGGCGGAUGUUAUAAAGGUUAGUUAUGAUUUAAGAGCCGUCCUCGACAAGGAAAGCAUUGUUCCUCAGGUUACGCCAUAUCUUCGCUCGCUUAUUAGUUCCCUGUCAGCGGUACGAGAUCGGGUAGAAGCUCAGCAGAACAGGCGUAAGGAACAUGCUGACGAGUCUCGUCAGCCAGGUGACGUAUUUGACUUCGGGGACAGUGUUCUCAUUAAGUCACUUGUUCUUAGCAAUGCAGCAAAGAACGCCUCGGCCAAGUUUGUGCCGAAAAGAGGUGGUCCUUACCAGGUUGUUAAGAAGUGCCUAAACGAAAUAGAGGUCGUCCACGUAGCCAAGACCAGGGUGUUGUGCGAGUCCAUGGACGUGGGCGUCUUCAUGAACUCGAGGGGGAGUCUAUAG